UUGAAGAUUGUCAUCCGGUAUUCUUACUCACGGUCGAAAUUUGAAGAGUCUUUGUGUUAAUGUAAUUAUGGAAACUGGUCAGCCUUUGUAUCUUAACCUUUUCAGUGAGGAUAAGAUUCAAGUUUUGGAAGAAUUAUUACACGCUUGUGUGGAUGAAAUAUGUGGUAGACCUGGGCCAUCCUACCACAGAUUUACAAGCAGCAUCGAUUGGAGCAGAGAAGAAUACGAAGAGACAUAUAAAUUGAUAUCCAUGCUCUUAAGGAAUCCAGCUUGUUUAUACUUAACAGAGGAGAAGAUGCCUCAAGAAUAUCAUGAUCUACCAGAGCACAUACAGCAAAGUAUAUUAACUUGUUUGAAAGUGAGAAGAGAUCAGUUAACAAAUGCUUUGUUAAAAGAAUGUUCCAAAGAAAAACAUGAAACCUUAGUAGACUUCGAUUGGAGAUUAAAGCUUGUAAUGGGUUCAAGUAAGUUGGCUUCCUUAAGGGAACCUCUUCUUCAGUUGGACCUUAUGAUUGAAAACAAGGAAAAGAAACGUAUACUGGGCUUAGAAUUAAACAAAGACGAAUUGGAAACGUUUAUAAACGCUGUGGAGACCAUAGUGAAAUAAACUACUGUAAACAGGAAGUUGAAAUUAAGCAUAAUGUAUCUCCAUUGUAAAUAAUACAGUUGUAGAUUUCCAAGAUGAAAUA